AUGUCUGAUAAUAUAAAAGUAGCAAUAAAAGUCCGGCCAUUGAUCAAACGAGAAAAGGAUGAUCGGCUGGCAGAACACUGGAUUACGGAAAAUAAUUGUAUCCAGCAGAUAGACCCGGAGUCCAAAAAACGGGCUGAGGCCAGGUUUCAUUUCGAUUAUAUUUUCGGAACGGAAGCGAAUAAUCAAGAUGUGUUCGAUCAAACGGUAAAGCCAAUCGUCGAAGCGGCGAUGAAUGGAUUCAAUGGGACGAUAUUUGCUUACGGGCAAACCGGGUCAGGAAAAACCUACACUAUGAUGGGAAAUAAAGAACAACCUGGUGUGAUACCCCUGACAGUUAAUUAUAUAUUUAAUUAUAUUCUUAAUGAUUCAACUCGGAAAUAUUUGCUGCGUGUUUCUUACAUCGAAAUUUAUAACGAAAAAGUAAAUGAUUUGCUGGAUAAAAAUAACCAAGAUUUGAAAGUAAAAGAGGACUACCAAGGCCGAAUAAAUGUUGACUGUAAAGAGGAAGUUAUAAAUUCUCCGGAAUGCGUUCUUCAUGCCAUGAGGAAGGGCGAAAAGUUACGCAGAAUCGGCGAGACAAAUAUGAAUGAACGGAGUAGUAGAAGUCACACAAUUUUUCGUUUUACCAUCGAGAGUUGCAGAGUUGAUGAUCCGGACGGCGCCACCACGGAAGCUCAAUUAAAUUUGAUUGACUUGGCGGGUUCUGAGAGAGCUCGGCAAACUGGUGCAACUGGUGAGCGCUUCAAUGAAGGCAAGCACAUCAAUUUGUCUCUCUCGGCGCUGGCUUUGGUGAUCAAACAGCUGAGCGAGCCAGGUACCAGUUUCAUCAACUACCGGGACAGCAAACUGACGAGGAUUUUACAGCCUUCGUUGGGAGGAAACGCUCUUACAACAAUCAUCUGUGCUGUUACUCCAGCUGCUAUUGAUGAAACUCAGUGUACGCUGGACUUUGCUGUUAGGGCUAAAGGCAUUAAGAACAAGCCACAGGUUAAUGAAACCGUUUCGGAGAGAGCUCUAUUGAAACGAAUGAUGAAACAUCAAGCGCAGCUUGAAGCUGCUUUGGAGUCGGCUCAAACCAAGCUUGCUGAGAAUGAAAAGUACAUGUUGCUCCAGCGUAUCGAGCUGCUCAGCAAAGCUAUUGUUAGCAAGCCAAUUAGCGAAGAUGAGAAAGUUAAAGCGCGGCGAAGACGAACCUGGGCUCCAGGGAAUCCGGUUAAAAAUUUUAUGAAUAAAAGCCUUGAUUUCGGGCUUCCGACUAUCACGGAAUUAUCUGCUGAUUCUCCGCCAGUGAAGCUUCGGAUUAAUGAUCAGGAUGUUGAUCUUAUUGAUUUGAAUAACCAAUAUCAAAAUGAAAAAAAUAGAUUUUCAACUGUGAGUGAUGAUGGAGAAAUAAUGCCUACAGUUACUGCUCGCGAACAAGUUUCUGAGGACGAGGAUAAAACUCCUGAAGCAUCUCCAACGAAAUGUCCAUGUAUCAGGUCACCUUCAACGCCAAAAGUUGAGCUACGUAAGCGGUUGGCGGUAUUGAAGUCAGAGUACUCUGAGCUCCGUGAAUUUUCUACUCUCGAGAAACAGUUAUACCAAGAGGACGGUCUUUCUGCAAUGACUCAAGCGAAUUAUGAACGUGAAUUAGAGUAUUAUAAAAAAAGUCUACAAGAUUCCGAACAAGUGUGUAUGGAUUUGAGGAAAAAUUACGCAGAGCUGCAGAGUGAGCAUGCAAUUCUUGCCGAGAAUCACAGUCAAGUUCAACGAGAGUGUGAGAAACUUAACGAAGAGAAAAAAUCACUAGAAGCACUCCGUGAUCAUUUUCCAUCUGUUGAAGCUGAAAAAAAUGAGUACAAAAAUAAAAUGAAUGAAGCUUUGAAAAAAAUAAAAAUUUUAGAAGACGAAGCUAAUUCAAAUGCGUAUGAACUAGAACUUUUGACAGCUAAGCACAAGAAGCGUGAAAAAGAAUUGGAAGAUUCACUUAAUCUUGCUUGGAAAGACUUUAUUGAUCCCAGUGAAAAACAAAAAUUAAUUGAUGUUGUUCAUUUACAAUCACUCGUCAAUGAAUUAACUGCAAAACUUGAAAGCCAACCUUCACCAGUCACAUCUUCCAACAACGAGGAGUUUAUUACUAAAUUAACAGAAUUGGAAAGUCAAUUACAACGCUCGGCUGAAGAAAAACAUCACUUGGCAGACCAAUUAGAAGAAUUGUCUAUUCAUCUGACACAGUUGUCUGAGGCUAAAGCAGUUUCGAGUAAUGAGCACGAAUUAUUGGUGACUGAUUUUGAGAAACGAAUUGCGGAGCUGGAGGAGACGAUUGCUAGCAAAGCGACAGAGUAUGAUGAGUUACUCGUCAAAAAUGUUGAGUUAGCUGACAAAUUAGCUGAAAAAAUUAAACAAAUUGAAAGUAAUGAACUGGAAAUAGACAAAAUGAAAAUAUCUGUUGAUAAUUUACAAGCUGACAUCGAGAAAAAAGCCGCUGAGAUUUUAUCGCUCAAGACUUGUGUCGAAAAGUUAGAUGUUAUGAAAGAAGAAAUAUUUACUUCUAAUGAUUUGAUUCAGGAUGUUGAAGAAGAAUUUAAAUUAAUGCUGGCUAGUCAAGAUUCACAGGAGAGUCUGGGUAAUGCGCUGGAUACUUCUUUCAAGUCAGUAAUUGAAAUGCCUGGAGAUGAAGAGCCGAAUUUAUUGGAUGCUUUAGUGGAAGAACAAAAGAAUCGGAUAGCUGAGCUUGAAUUGCUUCUUGAGGACCAGAGGAAUGAGCUUCUAAAGCAGGAAAAACUUUUAGAGGACAAGUCAAAUGAGUUGAAAGUAUCUAUUGAGUCUCAUACGAAUAAAAUCAGCGAGCUCCAAGCGACAAAUGACAAACUUAAAGAGCAAUUGUCUACUAUGCAGAGUGAAAAAACUCUCAAUGAAGGUGAGAGAAAUGCUAUGCAGCUUUUGUUGAAGGAGAGGGACCAGGAAUUACAAGAAUUGACUAAAACGAAGAAUCAGUUGGCAUUCAUGACGUCACAAAAUCAAGAGUUGGAAAAAAUAACUACUGAUCUUCGUAAACAACUCAAUGAGAAAGUACUUGAGCUCGAGGAGAAGCAACGUCAUGACCAUGAGAGUGAAAUUAAAAAUCUUAAAGACUAUAUUACGAAUCUGCAGAAUUUGUACAAAGACGUACAAGUUGAAAAUGAGAAUUUGAAACAACAGGCUGACAAAAUAAAUUCAUCUUUGAAGAUUGAUAUUGUUGAUGUGUCUGAAGAUCAUGAAGUGUUGAGACAUUCUCUAGAUUCAUCUGUAGUAAGUCCUUUGGAAAAAACUUGGACUGCUGAUCUUGAAACGACGCUUAAUGAUUCCAAAAAUGCUUGUAAAAUUUCAGCAGUAAAACCAUUCAAAGAACCAAAACCCCUUGAAGAAACUCCGGUCAAAAUUAACAAGAAUUCAGCGCAAGAUGAUGUAGAGACAAGCAGUAUAUUUGCCAAUGGUAGUUAUUUCGACAGUAUGAAUGGAUCUAGUAUGCAGAGUGAUAUCACGGAUUCUAUUUUCUUACAAAAUUAUUCAAAUCUUAGUAGUUCUAUUAAUACAACAGCUUUGGAGCAAAGUAAAUCAGACUAUGAGGACUCUCAGGGUAAUUUAAAUACCACUGACUUUGAACUGAUAAACAAUUUAAGUAAAAAGAAUACCAAAGAGUGUGAAAAUGUAGUUCGUAAAUUAUUAAAAAUUAAAAAUACUUUAGUUGACGAAAAUGAGAAGUUAAAAAAUAAUUUACAAGCUAAAAUUGACGAAAUUGAUGCUAUUAAUCGUGAUAUGAUGGAUUUUAAAUCAGGAAUGGAGAGUUUGGAGGAAACAGUUCAUGCACUCACUACGGAAAAUGAGGAGACAAGUACAAAAUUAGAAGCAUCUAACAACGCGCUUAGUGAAAUGGAAAUAAAAUAUAAACAGAUGAUAAAUGAUCUUGAGACGGAAAUUCAAAUGAUGGUUAAGGAUAAAAAAUCUAUGGAAAAAAUGUUGAAAAAUAAUGAAGCUAAAAUAAAGGAGUUGAUUACUGAAAAUAUGGAGUUGACUAAUGACUUGACUGAUAGGAUAGACGAGUUGAAUAAAAUUCAGGAGAUGAAAGCUCUGGAGUUUGACCAUGACUGCAAGUACCGUGACCAAUUUAAUUAUUACAUUCAAAAGAACGAAAUUCUUCAGAAAGAAAAUAUCGAUUUAGCGAAUAAGCACGCUGCUUUGUUUGACGAAAAUUCGGCUUUGAAAGAAGCGUAUGCUGAAUUAGCAACCAAUCCAAAUGCUGAAAAAUUAAAUCUCACUGAUCUUGAAAAUACGAAGGAACUUUUGUCAGCGAUAUCUCCAAUUAGGAGCGAAAAAAGAAGUACUUCGCCGAGUCCGUCGUUAGACAGGUCUAUUCAUGACAUUUUGGAUCAGUAUGACGAAAAUGAGACUUUGCUUGAAAAAAUUCGUGAUCUAGAGAACCAAAAUGAAGAAUUGAAAAUUUUGAAUAAAAAGUUGACUAAUAUUAAAUUGACCUCUUGUAAAAACUGUGCUCAUUUAGCGGAACUCAACGAACAGCGUCGUACUAUGAAACGUGAGAUCAUAACAAUGAACCAACGAACCCGUGACUUGAAAGAGAAAUUCAAGAAAGAGCAGGCUGUGGUUGAAAUAUUGACGAACAAAGCUAAAGAGGAUGUUGAUAUCAAUACCAGUGUGUGUAAUGCAACCAUGAAUGACAUCUAUGAAGACGUUAGUGUUUCGUACGCCGAGGAGGAAAUUCAAAAAAUAUCCUCGGAGUUGGAGAGUAUCCGUGGAGAUUAUCAGAAAUUAUCUUCGUUGUAUGAAGAAAAGUGCAGUGAUACUGACGAACUAAGAAAUGGUACUGAUAAAGUCGUGUCUCCGAGGUCAAACAAACGCAACGCGAAGUUUGAAAAAAUUGAAAAGGAAUUGCAAAUUUACAAAGACGAUCUUCAACAAACCAACAAGAGAAUUUUCAGUAUUGACAAGAAAUUAAAUAAAUUUAUAAAUGCCAAGACGAGUACGAAAAAAGAAGUCGAGUCUUUGAAAGCAGUUAAAGAAAUGCUUGAAGAAAAAUUGACUGAGACUGAAAACUCUGCCAUGGAAGCUCAACGCCGGAUCAAUCAACUCGAAGAACAAGUUGGAAGCUUGACUCAGAAGUUGGAGCAAGCUGGAAUUGAUAAUAAAGAUCUUCAUGAAGUUACUAAAGGUCUGGAAAGUCAAAUUAUUGAUCUCAAAAAAGCCAAAGAAGACUAUGAGCAGACUUGUAAUGAAUUGAGGUCGUUGUUAGCAGAAGUUGAAGGGAAAAAUUUGGCCUUGCAAUCUCAGGUAGAAGCACUCAAAGCUGCAGAUGCGGAAAAAUCUCCGUUGAAGAUUGAAUUGGAUAAAUAUAAACAAGAUAUGAAUAGUUUUGAGAUUGAGGUGCAAAAAUUGAGAGGUUUGUUGAGAACAUCUGAAGACUCUAAAGACUUGUUGAAGGAAGAGCUGGAUCUUGUUAAAUCUACGCCUCCACCUGAACGCGAGCAAGUAGUUUCUUUGACGGCUAUCAUUGAUGAAUACAAACAGAAAGUUGAGUCGUUGGAAAUUUCUGUCAAAGAUUUGAGGGAGAAAGUUGAUCACUAUGCCAGAGAAAAUGUCGAACUUGCUGAUAAAUUAGCGACGUUACAAAAAUUGAAGAGGGAUUUGGAUAUCACUGAUAAUAAAAUGGAAGUUUGUGAUGAGAGUUUUAGUGGAGAUAAUAACAAUAAAGUCGCUGAGGAAUUAGAAACUUUGAGAUCGAGAUUGAUUAAAGAAAUUUCAGCUCUUAAGCCGUCUAAUGAAUUAAUGAGUCUUGAGAGUAAAACGGUGAGCGAAAUUUUCUUGGUGUUUUUGGAAGCAUUGUUGUCGAAAGAAAAAGAAAUCGUGCAUUUGAUAAACCGCCGUAGCGCUCAAGAGAAGAAUAAAUUGGAAGAGGAGAAAAAAGAAUUGAUUGACGCUGAAAAACGCGUUAGUAAAUGGGCAAAGGAGUUGGAAGCUGAUAACGAGAGGCUGCAAAGCGACUUAACUAAGCAUGAGAACAAGAUCAGUUUGUUGCAAAAGAAGAUCUCUCAGUUAGAAAGUUCAUUGAUGGACAGUGAGCAUGAAAAGCAGCUUUUGAAUGAAAAGAUGACGGUAAUGGAGACGGAUUUCAAUACUCUUCAGCAAGAUUAUGAUAGAAUUGCACAGAGCGGUGUGAGUAGCUCUCCUCAAGAACGCGAGAAGUUAAUUCAAGAAGCCCUGGAGAGUCGUGAAGCUGAGCAUAAAAUUAAGUUGAAAGAAGUGGAGCAGAAGUACAAUGAUAGGUUGAAAGAACUUGAGAGCAUGCUCGAGUGUUGCAGAACCCAAAAUGCGGAUCUCGCUAAGAAUUUGGAAGGAUUAGAGCUGAAUGACCAGCAGUGGAAGAAUAUUAUUGAUAUGAAGACUAUAGAGUUGAACAAAUCUAACUCGACUAUCCAGCGGCUUCAAACAGAGCUUGCUAAUCUGACGGAGCUGUACGAUCAUAUCAAAGAGGACAAUCAGAGCAAGGGUAGAAAAAUAGAAGAAAUAACCGAGCUGCUGAAAAUGAAGUGUGACAAAUCUUCUGAGUACAAAACUCAGUUGGAGACUAUUAUUCCGGAGUAUGAAUUGCUGAAGCAGCAAGCUGCAGAACGACAAGUACGUCUCGAGCAGUACAAGAGCGAAGUUGAUAAUUUGAGGGGACAAAAUAGUCAACAGGUUGCUUUGUUGAAGGACCAGUUGGAUGCUGAGCAAAUUAAGGCUGCUGGGCUGGUCAAGCAGUUGGCUGAAGUCACUAAUAGGUGUACUGCUAAUCAAGUGGCGCUGGAUCAAUUGAAGGAGAAGUGUGAAGAACUUGAGCAGCAGAAUGAACGACUUAUCAGGAAAGUUAGGAACAGUACUAGUAAAGUCACUGUUGAUAGGGAAAUUGAGGCUAUGAAAGAUGAAAAUCGAAAGCUGUCUAAUGAUCUUGAAGGAGCGUGUAAUCGUAUUAAGGAUUUGCAAAAUAGUAAGUCGCAAUUGAUGACUGAGUUUGUGGAGUUGAAAGGACAGUACGAGCUUACUUGCCAGGAGAUGAAUCUUUUACAAGUUACGCUGAGUAAUUAUAAGUUGAAAAUUAAUAGCUCGGAAACUUUAGAAUUAAGGAGUAAGUAUGAUGCUUUGAUUAUGGAGAAAAAUCUUGUAGCUUUGGAGCUUGAAGAAAAACGCUCGACUGUUUUGCAGUAUGAGAAAAAAAUGGCUGAGUUGGUGAAUAAAAAUGAAGAAGUGAUGAAGAAAAAUAAGGAAUUGGAUGAGGAGAUGGAUGAUAUGCUUAAUAAAAUUAAUGAGCUGGAUUUGGAAAAUACGGAGUUGCAAGACAAAAUUUAUAAACUGGAAGAUAAUAAUCCUCAAAGAGAAGAGUUGGAGAUGCUUAAGAGAACUUUGGAAGGUUUGAAGCAAGAAAACGCGGAUCUUAAAGCUAAGUUGAACAACAAAUGUGAUGGUAAUUGCAAUAUUUCAAGAACUUCGAGUCCUACUUUAGCUAAUACUUCGAGGCAGCGGAAGAGAAGCGAAUUGUACAAUCAGAAUCGCCCCUUGGAACUGGCUGAUGAUCAGAUUAAUAAUUGUGAUAUUCUUCGACAACAAAUUAAGGAACUCGACGCUCAGCUAGUGAUGAGAAACGCUAAAAUAACGUCUCUUGAGAUGCAAAUUGAGGCGGGCUUCUUUCCACAUCAGAAAAAAUGUGACGAGUAUACUGAAAUUCUUAAGGCAUAUAAACAACAGAAUGAUGCACUGAGAGAUAAGUUACGAAGUCAACAACGAGCUGAAUGUGAAAGGUGUACCAGGCUAAAAUCUAAUCAUCGUGAGUUGGGAGUUCAGACUGAUGCUGAGGUGGCUGAGAAGAAAAAUGAGAGAUUAAGGAUGAAUAGUGUCAAAUAUGGAGUUAUUCCGGAGUCUUUACUUGAAACAAAAACAAUCGCUAAACUACAGAGUGAAAAAAUAAAGCUCCAAGAACUCCUCAAAAAAAGUCAUAUCAAGAUAUACGAACAGCAGAACUACAUUAAAAAAUUAGAAAACCAAGAUGAAAUUCCAAAAACAAAAAACGCAAGUAAAGAAAAUAUUCAUGUCAAUGUGUUGGGAAUGUCGCAAUUAACGCCUCACCGAUUUUGGUACGAAUAA